GAUUUUGCAGCUUGUUUAUACGAUUUCCAAACCGCACAAAACACUUGUCCCGAGUGUCCUGAUGUGUAUCUCCAUCGUGGUCAAAUCAACUUGCUGGCCGAUCAGUUGGAUGAGGCACUUCACGACCUAAAUACCGCGGUUAAAUUGAAGCCCGAAUUUUCCAUUGCCCAAGCUCAACGAUUAUACGCCCUAUAUCGAAAAGCAUUAAGCGAUUCGAACCCUGAGCGUGCAUCAAGUCGUGUGGAAGAGUUUCGGAAGCUGUCCCAGAAGUAUCCACACUGCAUAGAGACCCAUUCACUGUUUGCACAGGUCCUCAUUGAGCGAGGUGACUUUAGCGCUAGCGACGAACAAUUUGCCAAGGUGAUUGAGUUGUCCCCAGACUCUGGUCUUGCAUAUGCACACCGGGGUUUGUUGCAGCUUCGAUGGAAACAAGAUCGCGACGCAGCUCUCAAGUGGUUCUCCAUCGGAGUCGAA